AUGGAUUAAUAAUUAAAAAAAAAGUUAAAGAAGCAAUAGGUCCAGAAGAUUUAAUUUCAUUAAUUACACGAAUUCGCUGGGUUUUAGGUUGCAAAGGAUAUCACUGAAAUAGAGCCAGAACCUCAAAGAAGAAAACCUUAGUAAUUGACAUCAUAGCAAGUACAACAUCGACAACAAUUAUACAUGAAAUCCAAAUUUUAAUUCGUCUUACUAUCACAACCUAUCAGUAAAAAGAGACAUUCUAUAUUAUCAAAGAAGAAGUUAGGUGGGAUGAAGUGUAUUAAGUAAUUUACACGACAACUCAAGAUAUCACAUGUCCUAUUUGCAUAAGCGAUCAUGACAUCAUAAUCCCUUACAUUACACCAUGUGGCCAUAUUUAUUGUCUUCCCUGUUACCAAAGACACAAGCUUCAAUGUAAAAUCAUAAUUCUUUAAUAAAUUAGCAAAAUUUAAUUAAAAGUGCCCUCUUUGUGGAGAAUUGGCAGUUAUGAGUGAAUUGAAAUCAGUUAAAAUCAUCAAACACAAAAUCAAGAGCUCUGGAGACACUGUACUUUUAAAUCAAAUUUAAAGAUAUAAAAAUGAAACAGAAUUAUAUGUUAAUGGAAAGGAAUCAGUUGUCUAUGCAAGAACUUUAAUUGCAAAUGAAUCUUAUGUUCUGAAGAUCUUUGAGGAGGAGAUUAUAUAGCUAUAGAAGUAAAUCAUAAUAUCUAUUUCAGUUAUUUAGAGAUUUGUGAAACUGAAAUUUAAGAACCAGUUCAACAAUCUAUAUAAUUUCUCUUAGAAAGACAAGAUAAAUUGCCAAAAAGCAACCUUAACCUUAAACCUGAUAUUGCCCUCAAACCAUUUGUUCCAAAACAAAAUCAAAUAGCAUAUAAGUUUUUCUAAGACUCAAAUGGACUUCUAGGUUUUCUUCAUCCAUUAUGUCAUAAGUAUCUCAAUCUGUAAUAUGGUAAUGAUCAACUUCCAUAGUAAAUUGAAUCCUUUUUAAUAUAAAAAGAUUAAUUUACAUAGAAUAACCACACACUGGCUAGAUACAAGUAUGAGUAUAAUUAUAUCAUCAGGUUUCUUUCUCAUAUUCCAUUACAUACUGAAAUAUAUUUCUACGAGAUCGAUUUAAAAAAUAUUUUAAAUCAGGACCAUUUAAAGGAUUAUUUACUUGAAGUAGAAAAUUGUUUAAUAUUUAGAUUUAAGAUUAUAGAGAAAGAUAAAGGAAAGAAAGACAAAAAUAAGAGGAAAAAUAUAAUUAAUUAUAGGCUUAGUAAAUUUAAAAAUAAUAAUAUCCAAUUGAAAAUGGAAUUGAUUACUAUUAUUCAAAUUCAUAAAUAGAUGAAUUUUAAUUUGAUGAACAAGACUUCCCAGAGUUACCAGGUGUUAGAAAUAUAAGCUAAUAAUAAGAUGAGUUAGAAGAUAAAAGGGAAAUAGAUUAAAACUAACCUUAAUAAUAAUAAUAAUAAUAAUAAUAAUAAUAAUAAUAAUAACAAUAACAAUAAUAAUAAUAGUAAUAAUAACAACAAUAAAAUCUACAAGAUGAGAUUAAUUUUGAUUUAGAAUCUUAAUUUCCUAGUAUAAAUUAAGAAUGCUCUGUAAUUAAAGUGAAUCCAUUUUAAAAAACAUGGGGUUAGUAAUAACCAAAAGUAGAAUAAAAGGUUGAAGAUGAGCAGUUGAUUAAGAAAGAAACUAACAAUCAAGAAACAGUAAAAUUAAGCGAUUUAGACUUUCCGGUUAUUGUGAAAUAAAAAAAUAAAAAAAAGAAACAAAAUUAGAGAGAGUGA